AAAUGUUCAAUACAAAUGUCAAACUUUUUCAAUGCGGCUAUCUUCUAAUCGCAGUUUUAGGUUUUGCAACAUUAAUAAAUUUAGUCUUAAAUCAAAUUUUCAAACGCAAUUAGUGACGGAAGUGCAUGUUUAAAAGUUCUGUGCGCAUUGAAAUAAACAGAUUUAGUCGACUGAUUAAAGCACAUGAAAUAUGGCAAAUACAGACGCUGUGAAGAGUAAUGAAACAGCUAAAGUUAGGUGUUUCUUUGAUAUCGCCCUCGGUGGGCUUCCCGCCGGCAGGAUUGUAUUUGAGCUUCACCCAGAUAUUGCACCCAAAACAUGUGAAAACUUCCGUGCACUGUGCACUGGAGAAAAGGGUAUCGGCAAAAAAACCGAAAAACCUUUGCAUUACAAGGGAACAAUUUUCCAUCGGGUCGUCAAAAAUUUCAUGAUUCAGUCGGGUGAUUUUUCGAACAGUAAUGGUACUGGAGGCGAAUCGAUAUACGGUGGAACAUUCGAUGAUGAAGAUUUCAUUUUAAAGCACGAUAAACCAUUUCUUCUUUCUAUGGCAAAUCGUGGAAAGAACACAAAUGGUUCGCAAUUCUUUAUUACAACGCAACCUGCCCCUCAUCUUGAUAACAUCCACGUUGUCUUCGGACACGUAGUUUCUGGUCAUGACUUAGUGCGACAGCUGGAACAACUGCCGGUCGACAGAAAUUCUCGUCCCCUACAGGACGCUGUCGUCUCCAAUUGCGGCGAGUUGGUGCGACAGAUCAAGGAAAAAAAAGAAAAAAAGAAGAAGAAGAAAACACAUUCAAAUGACGAUUCGGAAAAUGAUGAAAGCACAAAAAAACGCAAAAAGGACAAGAAGAAGAAAAAAGACAAGAAAUCGAAAAAUGAGAAAGAGUAUGUAUUUGUAGAUACUAGUGAUGAACGCAAAAACAACACUCUGUAUAUUUUUAGAAAUGGCAGUAAUUUAGAAGAAGGAGAGUUAAGGGAUGACGGCGAGGUGCACCCGAUGACUACUGUGACCAAAAUAGAUCCAAAUGAAAUUCCCGAGGUUUCCAACAAAUAUCUUAUGCGUAGUGGCGGCAAUAAACAGAACGAUGACAGAGAUAGCGACGACGGUAGUCGUGUUCGACGGCGAGAGAAGACACGGGAACAGCGUGGCUUCGGAUGGUCAAAAAAACGCGUACCGGUAUCAAAAAGUGGCAGAAUCAUUAAAGGACGCGGUAACUUCCGUUAUCGAACACCUUCUCGCUCACGAUCUCGUUCACGUAGCUUCACGCCGAUCCAUUGGAGAGUUGCUCAGAAGCGCACUAUUAAAAUGACUGACCUAGAAAAGAUGGAAGAAGAAAAACGAUUGCGCGAAUCGGAAAUUAAACGUCGCGAAACCGAACGUAAGAAACGGCACGAAGAAAUGGCAAAGAGUGCCUCGAAAAAAUCGUUUUUCGAACUGAAUCAGCAAAAAGAGUCAGAUUCUCAUACUAAUGAGGAUGGAAGUGGCAUGGAUCAGCACCCUGAAAAGGGGAAUAAUAAGCCAAUAGAUAUGAACGCACUAGACUAUGAACAUCAUGGAGCUUACUCAGAUCUAGAAGGUGAUGAAGGAAGCAAAAAUCAACACAAUGAAACAAUUGCAAAGGCCGAUUCAAAAAAUAAAAACGCAAGUGAAAAACAAAUAGUUCGUGAGACAGAUUUGCAGCAAAAACGUGAAGAAAUUGCUAAGAAGUCGCAUGUAGAAGAUAAACAAACGAAUCAAAAGAAAAGUGACAAAGAAGAAAGUCGAGAACAAAAGAAGGAUAAGGAUAAAAAUCGAACUCAAAAGCGAGAAGACCGCAAAAAGGACUUUUCUAGAAGCAUCUCAACAGAACGCAAAAUGGAAACGUCUAGAAGCCGAUCUAGAGAACGUAAUUGGGAUUAUCGAGACAGAUCUCCCGCUUUUUUUCGAGGUGGGAAUCGGAGACAAUUCGUGGGACGGUGGAAUAAUCAAAGACGAGGCGGAUUUUUUUCGCCCCGUGGAAGAGGUGGUCGGUUCGACCGUUAUCGACGCUCUCGGAGUUACGAUCGCAGAUCGCCAGUGAGACGUCGAAGAAAUCGCUCUAGAUCCAGAAGUGUUCGGUCUUAUGAUCGUAGCAGUAGAAGUCGGUCCGAUUCUCGUCACCGCAAUAACGACCGCCGUCGCAGUAGUGAUUCAAGAUCUAGAUCACGAUCCAGGAAAUAUGAUAAAAAAGAUUCUUCUCAAGCCAAACAUCAAAAAUCUCCCAAAUUCGUUCCACAGAUCAAACAAGAAUUAACUGAAGAAGAAAAGGCGCGGCUUCAGAAAGAAAAAAUGCUUAAGCGAGCAGAAACGCUGCUACUUUUAAAAAAUCACAUGGAAAAGGAAAUUGAGGAGCAACAAAAGAAAGCACGAGAGAAACAAAAAAUAAAGGAGGAAAGAGAAAAACUUGAAGCUGCAUUAGAGCUUGCUCAGCUCGAGAAACUGAAAAAGGAAACAAUUGAAAAAUUACACGCUCACGACAGCAUGCAACUUGUAGCUGCUCAUAAAAUUCUGGAGACUGUAGUUUCGUCAGUAAAAUCUAAAGGCGGUCCUAACAGUGUAAGCAAGAAAAAACAAAGACGAAAGCACAGGUCAAGUUCAUCAUCUUCUGUGUCAUCAGAUAGCGACAAAUCUCGCAGAAAGAAAAGAGACAGAAAGAAGAGCCGGCGUCCGUCAACAUCUUCGUCCUCGUCAGAGUAAAUUAGUGAAGUUGUCAAAUGAAGCAUUUUCUAAUGGUUUGGUUUGGAUAAAAUUGAUUUCCUUAUAGUGCUAGUGAUAGUACAUUAAUUGUCAUGGAUUGAAGAGAUCUUGAUAAAUCUUUUAUU